GAUUUUUUUUUUACUUCCAUGUUUUCGUAAUUGUAAAAGAUAAUUUCCUUGUUUUUUUCAACAAAUAAUGUAUAUGUUUCCUUAUUUUAAAAGAUUUUUUUCUUACUUCCAUGUUUUCUUGGAUAACAAAUUCGAAUUUACUUGUUAUAACAGCUAAAAUCGAAAUUAUUUAAAUAUUCUUAUAUUCAUCAUUUCCCAAAAUCUUUCCACUACUUUACUAUAUAAGCCAUAUCUUGCCUCCCUCUGCUCGGACACCCCCACCUUUGAAGAGUAUCUCUCAACUAAAAAAAAAAGUCUUUUUUCUUAAACUUAUAGUUGCAACAACAAAAUGAUACCAAGUUAUGAUCCAAACGAUACAGAGGCUGGUCUCCAGCUUCUUGAGGAUCUAACCACAAAUGCUGAUGCAAUUCAACAACAAGUUCUCCACCAAAUACUCUCUCAAAACUCAGAAACCGAAUAUCUCAGGUCGUUUCUUGAUGGAGAAUCUUGCAAUAUUCAAGAAAAUUUCAAGAACAAAGCCCCUGUGGUAAAUUAUGAAGACAUAAAGCCCUUCAUCCAACGAAUCUCUGAUGGAGACUCAUCCGAUAUCCUCUCUGCUCAACCCAUCACUGAGCUUCUCACAAGCUCGGGGACUUCGGGUGGAAAACCAAAAUUUAUGCCUUCUACAGCUGAAGAGUUGGAUAGAAAGACAUUUUUCUACAAUAUGCUUGUGCCCGUCAUGAAUAAGUUUGUGAAUGGGCUUGAUGAAGGAAAAGGAAUGUACCUUUUGUUCAUAAAACCAGAGAUCAAGACUCCUGCUGGUCUACAGGCACGUCCUGUGUUAACCAGUUACUACAAAAGUGAACAAUUCAAGAACAGGCCUUUCAACAAGUACAAUGUCAUCACUAGCCCUAACGAUGCCAUUCUUUGUGAAGACAGCCAGCAAAGCAUGUACUGUCAGCUUCUUUGCGGUUUAGUCCAGCGAUCUCAUGUCCUAAGACUCGGUGCUAUCUUCGCUUCCGCCUUUCUUCGAGCGGUCAAGUUCUUGGAGAAUCAUUUCACCGAGCUGUGUGCUGACAUUAGAACCGGUACUGUCGCUAGCUGGAUCACUGACUCGGGCUGUAGAGACUCGGCUUUGUCAAUCCUUAACGGUCCUAACCAAGAACUGGCUGAUGAGAUCGAGGCUUUGUUCAAUGCGAAGUCGCGGGAAGGAAUCUUGAAAAGGAUUUGGCCUAAGACGAAGUAUAUUGAGGUGAUUGUGACCGGAUCGAUGGCUCAGUAUAUUCCGACACUCGAGUUUUAUAGCGGAGGUUUGCCUUUGGUUUCGGUUAUGUAUGCUUCCUCUGAGUGUUUCUUUGGUCUCAACAUCAAUCCUCUGUGUAAGCCAUCCGAUGUUUCUUACACACUUCUUCCUAACAUGGCUUACUUUGAGUUCUUGCCUGUUGAUGAUAAGUCUCAUGAAGAGACUCAACUUGAAUCGCGUUCUACGGAUGAUGUUUCCCUUACGGAGAAAGACCGUAUUGUCGAUCUUGUCAGUGUGGAAAUUGGACGGUACUAUGAACUCAUCAUCACAACAUUCGCAGGUUUAUACAGAUACAGAGUUGGAGAUAUCCUAAAGGUGACAGGUUUCCACAACAAGGCACCCCAAUUCAGUUUCGUGGAGCGAAGAAACGUUGUGUUAAGCAUCGACACAGACAAAACCAGCGAAGAAGAUCUCAUGAAGGCAGUGACACAAGCCAAACUCAACCAUCUCCAAGGUCUCUUCUUGCUCACCGAGUACACGAGCUAUGCGGACACGUCAUCAAUCCCAGGGCAUUACGUGCUCUUCUGGGAGCUGAAGCCACGUUACGACAAUGACCCACCAAAGCUAGACAAGAAGAUGAUGGAGGACUGUUGCUCUGAGGUGGAGGAUUGUCUGGAUUACGUGUACAGGAGGUGCAGGAACAAAGAUAGAUCAAUAGGGGCUUUGGAGAUAAGAGUGGUGAGUUUGGGUACUUUUGAUGCCUUAAUGGACUUUAGCAUCUCACAAGGAUCUUCAGUGAAUCAGUACAAGACACCAAGAUGUGUUAAAUCUGGAGGAGCUCUUCAGAUUCUUGAUUCCAGAGUUAUUGGGAGGUUCUUUACCAAGAGAGUUCCUCAGUGGGAGCCACUUGGUUUAGAUUCAUAGCUUUACUCUCUUCUCCUUACUAAAUGAAUCUUGCGCUGCGCAAUGGUUGUUGUCGUUCUUUUUCUUUUAUUUUUUUGAUGAACACAAAUCGUUCUUUUUGUUUACACAAGUUUUUAAGAGGAUUUGAGAAUCCUCCAGUGCAACUAGAAAUUAGAGAACUUGAAUAAUGAUAUAGCUCAAAGUUAUGAACAAAAACUACGGUGAACCUUAAAAUUCACUUCUCCUUCUAGGACCAAUCAAAGUAUCACGUAGAUAAUUAAUUAAAAAUAUUAAAUUUUUUAAAAAGUAAUUAAAAAGGAAUAAUGCUAAUUUUAACAACGCUGACGUCGACAGCUAAACCGUAAACCCAAAAUCUUAAAUUUUCAACCCUAAACCCUAAAUCGUAAAUCUUAAACCUAAACUCUAUACCCUAAACCCAAAUUCUAGACCCUAAAACCAAAUUGUAUUCUCUAAACCCAAAUUCUAGACCUUAAAACCAAACCGUAAACCUUAAAUCCAAACCAUAUACCCUAAACCAAAUCCUAGACCAUAAAUCCAAAUUGUAUACCUUAAACCCAAAUUUUAGACUUAAAACCCAAACCGUAAACGCUAAGCCCAAAUCUUAGACUUAAAAUCCAAACCGUAAACGCUAAACCCAAACCCUAAACCUAAACGCUAUAAGGUUUGGGGUCUAGGAUUUAGGUUUAGGAUAUAUGGUUUAGGUUUAGGGUUUGUGGUUUGGGUUUAGGGUUUACAGUUUGGGUUUAAGGUAUACAAUUUGGGGUUAAGAUCUAUGAUUUGGGUUUAGGGUUUGGGUUUAGAAUUUAAGGUUUAGGGUUUAUAAAUUAAGAUUUAGGGUUUACGCUUUAGCUGGCGGCAUCAUCAUCGUUAAAAUUGACGUUAUUCUUUUCUUUUAGUUAUUUUUAAAUAAAUUUAAUAUUUUUAAAUUAAUUAUCUACGUAUCACUUUGAUUGGUCCUGAAAAGAGAAGUGAAUUUAAAGGUUGAACAUAUAUUUUGUUCCAAAGUUAUUCAUUUAAAAAUUUCAGAAGUUAUGAAAAACCCGCAAAUCAAAAGAUAUUUUUAUUUUAUUUUUCGUAAAAUAUAUUUAUUUUUAUUUUAGUAAUUCAAUGCUGGACAAAUAAAGUUUAUCAACAACAUUAUUUCCUAGCUAAUAGAAAUAGAGUUAUAAGAAGAAGUCAAUCAACUUCUUCAGUUUUGCUUUCUUUAUUCUGAAGCUUUAUACUAUCUCUCUCUUGAUUCUCUUUUUUCGUAACUAUUCAAAUCUUCCUAGGAAGAGAUCCCUGCCAAGGCGUACAUUUGAUCGGUUUAAUCUUGAGAACUCAACAAAUUGUCUUUUUAAUGAUUGAUCCAACAUGAACGAGAGAUGCGAGAUUGUUAGCUAGGGGUUUAGUGGGUCGAUUUUGUGUUUCUAAGGGUCAUUUUGAUGUUCUCAACAGUGGCGGACGUACGUGCCCCCGGUUCAUUUUUUGUUUUCUUUAACCAAUUAUAUGCAAAUGCUUUCUAACUAACUCAAAUUAUAUGAUAGCGCCCCCAGCUAAUUCAAUUUCUAAGGUAGUACCCCCAGCUAUAAAUCCUCCUAGAUCCGCCACUGGUUCUCAACAUAAAAAUUAGUAUCAGAGCUCAGGGUCACGGUAACAUUUUGAGGUGGAUAAAUAAUAAAUGUAAUUGUAGAUGUGAUUUAUCUUUCUUUGUAGAAUAGAAAUAUACUGCCAUAGAUUGAUGUCUUUUAUGAGAUUAACCAGGAAGUUCUACGGAAGAAUACGAAUUCCAGCAUCAUUUAGUCCCGAGUCAAAGAGAUCAACUGAUAAGAAAAGACAAUUGACUAACCAACUGAUUUUGAAAUGAGAUAACUUUAGACAAUAUCUUCUUAUCAAAGUCUUUACCAUACUGAGGUUAUCUGUAACCUCAAGAAAUUAAUUGGAACUUGACAUCUUGGUGAAAUGACACAGAAAGAGUGUUGGUUGACAUGGUUCCUUGGAAUUUGACUCGUGCAUAUUCAAAAGUGUGAAAUCUGGUAUGUUUCUGUUGUGUUACACAUGAAGAUGAAGAUGAUGUGUACCACAUCUACGUGGACAGAAAGAAUUAUUAAGCGUGUGAUGUAGAGAGUUCUUAUCAGUUCAUCUUGAACGUGAUUAACGAACUAGAAGAUAGUCAUAUCACAAACUGGAAGAUGUGGUGAUGCUAUUUUUUAGGAAAAGGUAAAUUGCACUAUAAGAAACAUUGAAAUCAUAUAUAUCAUAGCUUAGACUUAGGGAAAAAGUUAAAUUUUUAGCGUAGUAUUCUCAUGGAGACAUAAAAAAGGUUUUAGAGUUUCAGAGGUGAGUGAACUGGAGACGUGAUCAACUGGUAUGGUCACGCAAAAGGGUAGAUUAAUAAUUGGUUUGUUUCAAGCCGUGUGUAACGUUCAGUAAUUCAGAUUAAAUAAAUAUGUGUAAGAUUGUUUAACUGAUUCUUAAUAAUAAGAGACACAUGGCUUCUAGUCCCUUGUGUUCUUCCUGGUUUUGCUUAGUAUAAACUUUUCAUUUGGUAUCAUAGCAGGUUGCCACUUGGAUUUUCUAUCCACAUACAUGUUGAGGUCCUAUGGAAGUCUUUGAAACCAUGAGAGAACUCGUAAUUCUACUGAGCCCCUACAUGUUGGAUGAAGACAGUUUGGUCAUUGGAAGGCUUGUCUGAGACAUAUAAUCCGUGGAUUAGACGAAGAUGCUUGGAAAGUGGUUUAACUCAGAUGGACUGCACCCACCAUUCACAUGGAAGUUGAUAGGUCUCAGAAUUUACCACUAUUAGGAUAUAUUGUAGGCCAUAUAUAUUUAGAGUCCUUAUUAUGUACUUUGCGUCUGUUUUAGAUUAUUUACAAGUUUAGGUGUGUUUUGGAGUACAUCGAAGAUUAUGGAGUAAAAUGGAGCUUGAAGAGAAGACAACUUGUAGUUUUGCAGAGAUGAGAGUCGAGAUAUGAUGUGAGCGUCGAUCAACGCUAGUGCGGUUU